UGGGCUUGCUUGAAAGGAAAGUUGGACGUGGCUGAAAAACAGUACUGUUCCGUGGUGUGUAGGCGGGGCCUUGCAUAGAGCUAACGAGUGGGAGCGCAAGCAGUCCUUUACGGCCAGCCACAGCUCUCCACAGAAAACCAGGAUGAAGACGCUGGAGAGGCUGGAGCUCAGGAGGCUUUUCUGUCAUUUGCCUACCUACACUUGGAUGCUGACUUGGAUGAUUUGGAUGCUGGCAGUGGUGAUGUGCAAGGCACAAGUGGUCACCGAAAAUAAAAGAGAGCUACUGAACACACCUGCUUCUUUAAGAUGCUCCCUAAAAACUGCUAAGGAAGUGUUGAUUGUGACAUGGCAAAAAGUCAAGGCUGGUAGCCCAGAAAACAUGGUCACCUUCAGCAAUAAACAUGGGGUUGUAGUCCAGCCUCCUUAUCAGGACAAGAUAAACAUCACCCAGCUGGAACUCAAUAACUCAACCAUUACCUUCUGGAAUACCACCCUGGAAGAUGAAGGAUGUUACAAGUGCCUCUUCAAUACCUUUGGCUCUGGGAAGAUCUCAGGAGAAACCUGCCUUACUCUCUCUGUACAGCCCACAGUAUCUCUUCACUAUAAAUUUUUUCAAGACCACCUAAAUAUCACUUGCUCUGCCAAUGCCCGCCCAGCACCUGUGAUCUCCUGGAAGGUCACAGGGUCAGGGAUUGAGAACAGUACUGAGAUUUUACCACACCUCAAUGGAACCACGUCUGUCACCAGCGUCCUCCAUAUCAAAGAUCCCAAGAGUCAGGUGGGGAAAGAGGUGACCUGUCAGGUGCUGCACCUGGGGACUGUGACGGACUUCAAGCAAACCGUGAACAAAGGUGUCUGGUUUUCAGUUCCAUUAUUGUUAAGUAUUGUUUCCUUGUUCAUUCUUCUGGUUUUAAUCUCAAUCUUAUUAUACUGGAAACGUCAUCGGCACCAGGACCAGAGUCCUAGAGAAGUCAAAUAGAACCCUGAAACUUAUCCCCUGGUCUACUUGAAUGUGACUCAGAAAGAAAACAGGAGGAAAAGUAUCAUUCUCCAAGAAAUCAUAAUGAGCAAAAAAGGUGGGAGUUAAAGGCAUAUGAAUUUCAGGACUUUCCACUGCCAUCUAAGCUACACUGUGCUGUGUGACUUCCAAGAGGAAAUCAUUUUCCCUCUCAGGUGUUUGUGGGUUUUUGAAGUAACGCAGCGUUGAGCUAUUAAAAGGACACUGGACACUAGGCGGACACUAGGCGGAAUCAGGAGCCACAGCUGAGAGGUCGAUUUGACACCGACUGGCGGCAACCCUCUGUUGGUCACAGCCUCAAAAAGCUUCCAUGUCAUUGUUUAGAAAAUAAAGGCUUUCGGUCAGAUAAUAGACUACUGAACUCUGAAAAUGGAUGUGAUACCAGGAGAGAGAAAAUAAGUGUGUAAGAAAGAAGAGAAAAUAUAGAAAGAUUAAAGACCAAAGAACCUUUGUGAAACUACACUACCUUGGCUUUCUGUUGAUGCUACAUCUCUUCUUCCUUCACUGUUCUUAAGUCUCUAAGUCUGUUUCCUUGUAGAAACCCCAGCCUUCCUUGAUAUGGGGCCUGUCCAUCAUUUGUUUUCUAUUCACAAGCUAGCACGUCUGGUUUCUUUUCACUGGAAAUUUCAUAUUCUUUUGUGAGGUUCACUAUGAUGAGAACAGGACUGAGUUUAUAAACCAUUAACAUUGGCAGCCUUAUCAUGACUUACGUAUUUUUACAGCAAGUAAAAAUUGUUAGUCUUAUCAGUUCACAUUUUUGACAAAGCAUGCAUUCCUUGCUCAUCUCUCAUUAGAUGAGCUCACUCUAUUUCAGUCAUUCUGAAGUCAGUCUAGUAGACUGAACAUAUUAGGAAAACAGACAUUUAGGAUGUUUGUUGAGUAGCAGUGAGCAAAUUCAGAUGCUUUGUUUCUGCUGGCUUCUUUUGCCAUGAGUUAACUUCCGACAAAAACAGAGGGAGCAUGUGUGAGUAUACAUUAUACAUAUCCUUUUAUUCUAGGAGAACAAUUUUGAAUUCUUGAAUAAGCAUAAGAGCAAAUUAAUGAUCUUUUUAGUAUCUUUGCUUUCUUGUCUUUGUCAGUGACCUAGGAACUAAAACUUUGUUAUUGUUUUUUCACUUUUGAACUGGAUAUUUAUAUAUUUAGUAA